UCACUCCCGAGAUACUGCUGGUCCUCACUGUCCUUCCUCGAGAAUCAUGCAGGGAGGCCACCACCUACCCCCGCCGCCCAAGCCGGGCCACGUGCCGCCGCCUGACGACCCGGAACCAGAGUCGGCGCGAGCCGCUCCGGCACUCCAGCUCCCCCUCACGACCGCUGGCGCCAUCCGGAAGAAGGGAACCGGCGUCCGGGCAUGGCUCCUCCUCGACGCCACCGGGCAGGCCCAGGUGGUGGAGGCGGGGAAGCACUCCAUCAUGCGCCGCACCGGCCUGCCCGCACGCGACCUCCGGAUACUCGACCCGCUCCUCUCCUACCCGUCCACGAUCCUGGGCCGUGAGAGGGCCAUAGUCAUCAACUUGGAGCACAUUAAGGCCAUAAUCACCGCCCAGGAGGUGCUCCUGCUCAACUCCAGGGAUCCUUCGGUCAUCCCCUUCGUGGAUGAGCUGCAGCGGCGGCUCGCGCGCCGUUACCAUGCGACCACCAAAGCCCAGGAAGGAAAUGUAGAUGAUUCGAACUGGACGAAUUUGUAUGAUUUGGAGGAGCCACAGUCAAGACCUGCCAGCCCGCUAUCCUCUGGAGGAGGCUUCUCGCAGUUUGAGGACCGAGAAGAGGAUGGAAAAUCAGAUGCGAAACAAGGAAAUGACAAUCGCGAUGGGCUUAAACUCCCUCCUUUCGAGUUUGUUGCCUUGGAAGCUUGCCUUGAGGCUGCUUGCAGUUGCUUAGAAAAUGAAGCAAGGACAUUGGAACAAGAGGCUCACCCAGCUUUAGACAAGCUCACAUCCAAGAUCAGUACACUCAAUUUGGAGCGUGUCCGACAAAUUAAGAGCCGCUUGGUCGCAAUAACUGGUCGUGUUCAGAAGGUGAGGGAUGAGUUGGAGCAUCUCCUUGAUGAUGAUGAAGAUAUGGCCGAGAUGUAUCUCACUGACAAAUUGGUCCAAGAACACCUUGAGGGAUCCUCUACUUCCUCCAUGAAUGAGGGAGAAGGGGUUGAAGAUGAAGUCGUUCCCUCAGAUAUGGAAGAAAGGAUUGGUGCCGAGAUAUCACUUGAAGAACAUGGAAAUCCCGAAGCCUAUGAAGGCGAUCAUCUGUUUCAUACCCCAAAUGUACUGAGACGGGACAGCCACGGCACCCAGAUAAGCACCACCUGCAGUGCCAUAAGCAAGGAUCUUGAUGUGGAGGAGCUUGAGAUGUUGUUGGAGGCCUACUUUGUGCAGAUUGAUGGAACUUUGAACAAGCUAUCCACGCUCCGCGAAUAUGUGGACGAUACAGAAGACUACAUCAACAUCAUGCUGGAUGACAAGCAGAACCACCUACUCCAGAUGGGAGUGAUGCUGACGACUGCGACCCUCGUUGUCAGCGCCUUUGUGGUCGUGGCUGGUGUCUUCGGGAUGAACAUACAUAUUGACCUCUUCAAGCCUGAGAAAGCGGGCCUCCAGGAGUUCCUCUGGACUGUAGGGGGUGGUGCCACUGGGAGCAUCUUCCUCUAUGUCGUCGCCAUCGCCUGGUGCAAGCACAAGCGGCUCCUCGAGUAAAUAGGAAAGACCUAGGUCGAUCACCAACUGUGGUAUAGAUUGUUUUUGUUUUCAGGGAUGAGUCUAGGCUAUAAUAUCUUCAAUGAACGACAAAAGGCGGCUCGAUCCAUCCCUAGUCUGUCUGUGUGUAUGUACCAAUGCUUUCUGCCUCAGAAUUAUAUCUGGUGUGAAAAAUCUAUUGUCUGUGAGUUUGCUUCCUGUAAUAAGCAGACUGCAAGAAAGGCAACUGUAAUAGAUUGUCAAGACAACCUAUGUAAUCGUAUAUCACUUCCGUGUUUCCAAAUAAUUCGGGCUAUGAGUUUUGGUAUC